GAUGAACCAACACACAGAAAACGACGAUUCGAAGCAUUUCGCUUCCUUGCCAGUCAGGAGAUUCAUGGAGUAGCUGAAGAAGAUAAGAGCACCGACUCUCUUACUCUCACAAUCACAAUCACACACCAGUCACCACACUCUUGUUACUAACAAGCAGAAAUGGCGACUUCAUCGUCAUUAUCUCCUACGAAUUCUGUUGCACAUUCAACUUCCUUCUCUACCUUCCUCAAUCCAAACUACUUUUACCGAAACUCCAACCUCUUCUUCACCGCAACCUCUCGCUCUCGAACUGCAAGGCGUUUGUCCCUGAAGAAUGUCGCCAGUGAUCAAGAGCAAACGCUGAAAAAUCCACACCUCGAAGAAGUAGCUGGUGGUAUCAGUUCUUUAGCACAUGAUUCUCUGUCUGUUGCAUCAAACAUCAAGUACCAUGCAGAAUUCACACCAUCAUUUUCCCAGGAGCGAUUUGAUGCGACAAAGGCAUAUUAUGCAACUGCUGAGAGUGUUCGUGAUAUGCUUAUCGCAAAUUGGAAUGCAACGUAUGAUUAUUACAAUAAGUUGAAUAUGAAGCAGGCAUAUUAUUUGUCCAUGGAGUUUCUUCAGGGAAGAGCACUAUUAAAUUCCAUUGGCAACUUGCAGCUUACGGGGCCUUACGCUGAUGCUUUACAAAAUCUUGGCCUCAGUUUAGAGACUGUUUCUUGGCAGGAACCAGAUGCAGCCCUUGGGAAUGGAGGAUUAGGGCGACUUGCGUCCUGUUUCUUGGAUUCCUUGGCAACUCUUAAUUAUCCUGCAUGGGGUUAUGGUCUCAGAUACAAGUAUGGCCUUUUCAAACAAUAUAUUACCAAAGAUGGUCAAGAAGAAGUAGCAGAAAGUUGGCUUGAGAUGGGCAACCCAUGGGAAAUAGUGAGGAAUGAUGUUUCAUAUCCUGUUAAGUUUUAUGGCAAUGUUGUUCAAGGAUCAGAUGGAAAGAAACAGUGGAUUGGAGGUGAAGACAUAUUAGCUGUUGCUUAUGAUGUCCCCAUACCAGGGUAUAAAACUAAAACCACUAUCAAUCUACGGUUGUGGUCCACAAAAGUUCACUCAGACAAAUUUGAUUUACAUUCAUUCAACUUAGGAGAACAUUCAAAAGCGGUGGAGACAAUGAAAAAUGCAGAAAAGAUUUGUUAUAUUUUAUAUCCUGGAGAUGAGUCAAUUGAGGGGAAGACUUUAAGAUUGAAGCAACAGUACACUCUGUGCUCUGCUUCUUUGCAAGAUAUAAUUCAACGGUUUGAGAAAAGGUCAGGGGAAUCUUUGAAUUGGGACUCCUUCCCUUACAAAGUUGCAUUACAGAUGAAUGACACUCACCCAACCCUCUGCAUACCAGAAUUAUUAAGAAUACUAAUGGAUGUAAAAGGUUUGAGUUGGGACAAAGCAUGGGAUAUUACUCGAAGAACCGUAGCCUACACAAACCACACUGUUUUACCUGAAGCAUUGGAGAAAUGGAAUUUGCAGCUUUUGACGGACUUGCUUCCUCGACAUGUUGAUAUUAUUAAGAGGAUUGAUGAUGAGCUCAUCCAAACCAUUGUUUCUGAGUAUGGCAUAGAGGAUCUUGACUUGUUACAGCAUAAGCUGAAGGAAAUGAGAAUUUUGGAGAAUGUUGAAUUGCCCGAUACCAUCAUGAAUCUUCUAAUUAAAUCCGAGGAGAGUCGUGCUAAUGAUACUAUUGCAGAAAACAACAUUUCUGAUGAAGCUAAGGAACUGGAAACAGAGGAAAUCGUAAAUGAACCACUGGAUGUUGAAAGUAAAAUCAAACUGAAAUUUCAACCGGGUAAGGAACUCCCAAAGGUUGUCCGGAUGGCUAAUCUUUGUGUUGUUGGAGGGCGGGCAGUAAAUGGUGUUGCUGAGAUCCAUAGUGAAAUAGUUAAGAAGGAUGUCUUUAAUGAUUUCUACAAGUUAUGGCCCGAGAAGUUUCAAAACAAAACAAAUGGAGUAACACCAAGAAGAUGGAUUCGUUUUUGCAAUCCUGAUUUGAGUAAAAUCAUAACAAAGUGGACCGAUACAGACGACUGGGUGACAAAUACCGAGAAGUUGGCAGUACUUAGGAAGUAUGCGGACAACGAUGAACUUCAAUCAGAAUGGAGGGAAUCAAAAAGGCGAAACAAAAUGAAGAUUGUAUCUUUCCUCAAAGAAAAAACUGGAUACAUUGUCAGCUAUGACUCGAUGUUUGAUAUUCAGGUGAAGCGCAUACACGAAUACAAGCGACAACUUCUAAACAUCUUGGGCAUAAUUUAUCGUUAUAAGAAGAUGAAAGAAGCCACGGCUGAGGAGAGAAAAACAAUGUAUGUACCUCGAGUUUGCAUAUUCGGUGGAAAAGCAUUUGCUACAUAUGUCCAAGCCAAGCGAAUUGUAAAGUUUAUCACAGAUGUGGGAUCUACAGUCAACCAUGAUCCUGAAAUAGGUGAUCUUUUGAAGGUUGUCUUCGUGCCUGAUUACAAUGUCAGUGUGGCUGAAGUUCUUAUUCCCGGCAGCGAGCUGUCGCAACACAUCAGCACUGCUGGAAUGGAGGCCAGUGGAACCAGCAACAUGAAGUUUGCAAUGAAUGGAUGCAUCCAAAUCGGGACCUUAGAUGGGGCUAAUGUUGAAAUAAGGGAAGAGGUUGGAGAAGACAACUUCUUCCUAUUUGGAGCAGAGGCCGACGAAAUAGCUGGGCUGCGGCAAGAAAGAGCAGAUGGAAAGUUUAUUCCAGACCCACGAUUUGAGGAGGUCAAGGCAUAUGUGAGAAGUGGUGUUUUUGGUCCAUACAGUUAUGAAGAGCUAAUUGGUUCUUUGGAAGGAACCGAAGGUUAUGGUCGUGCUGACUAUUUCCUGGUUGGUAAAGACUUCCCUAGUUAUAUAGAAUGCCAAGAAAAAGUUGAUGAAGCAUAUAGAGACCAAAAAAGAUGGACGAGAAUGUCAAUCCUUAACACUGCCGGUUCAUACAAGUUCAGCAGUGAUAGAACCAUUCAUGAAUAUGCAAGAGACAUAUGGACUAUUGAGCCAGUGGUGUUACCAUGAAAAAGAAAAAAAGCAAGUUAUUGAGGAUUGAAGUGUUUGGUGCCUUCAUCGGAAUGGAAUAAUAACCGGUGGCGGUGCCUAAUAUGCUUAUAUUCCGUUAUUAUAACUUUUUUUCCCUCUAGUUUUGCAAUAAUUGUAUCCAUUAUCACGUGUAGUUUAAUAUGUGGGAAUAUUUUGAUUGAUCCCCAGACAUGAUAUAUAGUAGUUAAGUGCUUGUCA